GCUAGUACAUCACGCAUGCGCGGGUUGUUUGAUCACGGAUGGUGCUGCGUAUCGGGCAAGUUUGAGAGGUUCCAGUGAGUAGGUGCCCGGGGCCGGGCUGAGGGGGCGGUCGGUCGGUGCCAGCGGGGCGUGAGGGGAGCUGAGGGCGUCCUGUCAGUGCCUCCUCCUCAGGUCAGGCAUGUUCUAGGCUGCUGGUACCCCCAUGGCUGCCUACCACUGCUGUGUGCCCUUCUGUAACAGUGACUCCAGGUACAAUGCAGACAAGAAGAUCUCCUUCCACAGGAUCCCAGCCUUCCAUGUGGAGCCGCAGAGACACCGGGACUGGCUGAACCGGAUCCGCAGAGAACCGGGGCCCAGCUUCAAGGUCUCCAGCUGCACCCGAGUCUGUUCCAAACAUUUCCUCCCGUCUGAUUUCGUGAGGACGUUGACAGGAAAAAGGAACCUGAAGCCUUACAGCGUGCCCUGCAUCUUCCAGUGGUCGGCAGAGGAGAAGACCCAGGAGCCCAUGUCUGUCCCCAAGAGGAACUCCGGGAGCAGCAAGCACAAGCUUCAGCCCAUAUUGCCUUCACAACCCCAAGUCCAGAACAAUAAGCCUUCCCAAGCGGUGGAGAUGACGGCGUCUAUACUGGACCACUGCUACGACUUGCCCCCGAUGACCGAUACCGAAAUGCUGCACGCGGCCCGUGAGGAGAUCGGCCGUCUACAGCAUCGCAAUGCCUCCCUGGAGAAGAGUCUGUUCUUUCUGGAGCGCUUCUCCGCUGACUCGGGCCUUAUUCACUUUUAUACCGGAUUUAAGGACUAUUCGACGUUGAAAGUCGUUUUUUCUACCCUGACUGAAACCGAGGGCAGCUCCGUAAAAUGGAAGCAGUGCCAGCAAGAAGGGUACAGACACGUCGACAAGGGGUCCCCCGCUGAAGCAGAGGGCAUGCCACAGAUGGACCAGUUCUUCUUAUUUCUAUGCAAGGUUCGCCAGGGAUUCCACGACCAGGAUCUAGCUGUCCGCUUUAACAUCUCGCAGACCAGGGUUGUCCGGGUCAUUGUCACAUGGGCGCACUAUUUGUAUCUUGUCCUUGGUGAAAUCCCUCUUUGGCGCAGCCGAGAAACCGGGUGCCAGGAUGUGCCAGAAUGCUUCAAGGCGUCCUACCCUCGUGCCCGGGUGACUUUACAUUGUGCAGAGAUUAAGGUCCAGACGAGCGAGACGGAGAACAAACCUUCUCAGGUGUAUUGCAAUCAUGCCGUGUACAAAGGCUUGCUUGGCAUAGCCCCCCACGGAGCGGUCAUAUUUAUAAGCCCACUCUAUUCUGGGUGUGCAUCCAAGAGAGAGAUCGUUAAGUCAUCCGGCAUCUUGGAGUUGUUGGAAGCUGGAGAUUGGAUGGUAACUGAGAAGGAUUUCCUCAUCCAAGAUUUGGUGGAAUCUGUUGGCGCCUUCGUGGUCAUCCCUCCUAUUAUCACCACGGCUGCUCUCCCUAGGGAGUGCCACGAAGCCACGGUCAUGGUAAGCCAGCCGUCAACUGAGCAAAAUGCCAUGUUCAUCCUAGCAUCCACUAACGAGAAGGGGCAGGAGACCUUGGUUGUGACCACCUCGCCAGGGGUAGAAGAUUCGCUUGUGGAACUGGAGCGCUCAGCAGGAGAGGUGGAUGUGGUCGAGGAGGUUGUGACCGAAGAGAAGUUGGUGGAAGAGGUGGUGACCACCACAGACGGCGUAGAAGAGGGUUCUGAAGACCACAGUCGGCCUGGAGGGGAAGUAAGACACCUGGCCAAAAGGAAAGCCCGACAUUAUGGCCGGGAGGAGGUGGUAAGGUGCGCGCCCCACCUGGAGAAGGAAGCUGCUGGACUAAACAAGGACAUAAAUUCCCUCGCUCGUCUAAGAAUUUGCAUAAACCAAGACAUAGAGAGAGUUCGCCAGUACCAUCUGUUCGAUAACGUCCUUCCGUAUGCGUUAAGUGGCACUGCCAAUCAGUUGUGGGCCGUGUGCGCCAUGCUAAGUAAUAUCAACGGGUCACUGAGCUAAGAUGUGAAUGGUGGAUGUAAAGGGAAGACGUGGAACAGCGGAAAGUUCCCCUUAAGUUGGGACAUUACCCAAAUAAAGACUAAAGGACCCUGUAAAGUGCCAGUGGGGGAGGGGGCACAAAAUCCGGUAUGUCCUAUAUGGAGAUAACAUGACUUGCCAUAACAUUUAAAGGAGCAGCAGGGUAAGACACAAAUAAGUAUCCCCGGGACCCCCACCAAUCAGAUGAACAGGACCGCAGUGCUCACUGGAGCCCCUGACUCCUUAAAGGGGUUUUCUGGGAAUAAUUUCCUUUCAUCUAAUGCCCGCAGCCUGUCCCUGCUCCUCGCGGCUCCGGUCCUCUGCGCUGCCUCUGCCGUGUGCACGUUCCGUGGCUGGUAUCAGCAGUAAUGUGCCACUUAUGACCGUGCGGGGACCGGGACACCGACACAGCGGGGGGCAGGGGAGUAUGAAUCCUCUGUUUAGUGCCCACAGCCUGCUUCCGUAAACAGUGAUUAUUCCUGGAAAACCCCUUUAACUGCAGCACCGGCACAUGGUGGCUGCAGAAGUGACUAUCAUUCUGCUAACGGGUGGGGGUCCCGGUGAGAGAACUUAGGUUGCACAUUGACGGACCUUUUGAAGGAUACACAAUCCAUGUAUAAUCCCAGAAAAGCCCUUUAAGCACUGGUCAUGUGGAGCUGCAUGUUAUAGAUCAGGAGGAGCUGAGCCGAUUGGUAUAUAGCAGGGAUCGGCAGCCUCCGGCACUACAACUGCCAGCAUGUUUCAUUGGUUCAUGCUCGUCUAUGGGAGUUAGAAGAAUAGCCCAGCAUGUUGGCACGCUGUGAGUUGUAGUUGAUCCUUGGUGUAUAGUCCUAUGGGAGAAGAUUCUGCAAAGCUUGUAUUUCAUUCAUAUAAAUUCCUGCUCAUUUUAGGCUUUGGAGUCCAGGAGGCGGUCCUACGAAUGAUUGACAGCCUCCGCUCUAUGACUGCGUGUACAGAGAGAGCUGUCAGUCACUGCACUUCAGAGACCAGAAUGAGCAGGGAAUUAAAGGGCCAGUCCCCUCCUGGUAUUUGGGCCCCUCAUCCAGCAGAAGUCAAUAGAAGGCACUUACCAAUUGCUUUGCGUCUCUGGCAGUGCCUCCUUUCCCAGCUCUGGCUCCCCAUUCUCCUGGCAUGUGUGCGGCUGGUUGUUGGGUGAUACUGCCAGCCCUGCGAUCUUGCAGCGGCGGCCGUGCUUGCGCACGGAGAUGAAGUCCUUUGCUUAUUGCGGUCGCCAAGAUCGUAGGGACUCGCAUAUCCAACUGCUAGCCCGGUCACCACUCUGCAACAUAUCCUGUUUCAAUAGAACAGCUCCAGGACAUGAACAGAAGCCCCGGAGCUGUAAUAAUCCAGCAUUGGGAUCUCGCCUGUCAUUACAACGCUGCUUGCCUUCGCUUUCAUUCAUAUGGAACGAAUCCGUCCACGGAGGACGCGCUGAGCUCCGGAGCUGCCGUGGAGGUGAACACGGGAGAUGGGACAACCCCCUUUAAAUUAAUGAAAUACAAGCUGCACCAAAUCUUUUCCCAUAAAACUAUAUAUCGACCUGCAGAUCAGACGCCAUGUUCAGCGUGACAGGUUCCCUUAAAUCUGUCGCACAAUUCCUUAAAGGGGCUGCCCAGGAUCAGAGAAAUAUGGCUGCUUUCUUCUAGAAACGGCACCACCCCUGUCCUUGAGUUGUGGCGGCUAUUGCAGCUCCGCUUCAUUACAGUGAAUGGGACCGAAUUGCAAUACCACACACAACCUGUGGACAGGUGUGUCGCUGUUUUUGAAAGAAAGCAGCCAUUCUUUUCAAACACUGUACAAACCCUUUAAGCUGGCCGUACACGUAAAAUGUAUGUCUAUUCUUGGGAUAGGUCAUCAAUAUAAGAUCAGGAAGGGUAGGACCUCUGGCACCCCCGUGAGCUCACCAGGCACAGCGCCAUCCAUUGUAUAGUGGCUGUGCUUGGUAUCACAGCCCAGCCCCAUUCACUUGAGUGCGUCUGAGCUUUGUACAGGAGUCGGACCCCGCCGAUCUAAUAUUGAUGACCUAUCCUGAGGAAAGGCCAUCAAUAUAUAAAUGGGAAAACCCUUUUAAAGGGGAUGUCCAGCCUAGGAGCCUGCAAGCCCUAUGAAAUGGACCUGGGCCACUGGACAUGACUCUCCUGUCCGCAGUCCAGCUGGGUCACGUGACCACAGUGGCCAAUCACAGGCCGGUCACAUUGACUUGAACGGACCUCCCAGCUGUGAUGUAACCGUUAAGCUAAUGUGACUGCUGAGGCUUGUGAUUGGCUGCAGCGGUCACGGGACCCAGAUGCUUCCCGGACAGGUGAGUCUUUAUGUUUUGGGGCAAAGGUCCGUGGCAUAGGGGUUAUCUGCUCCAAGGCUGGACAGCUCCUUUAGCUAUUGAUGACUUAUCUUUCCGAGUCCUGGGACCCCCGCCGAUCGUCUCCGGGGCUACACCGCUUCGUACACUGUGAAUGGGAGCAGUGCCGCAGUAACCUGGCAUGGCGCUGGGCUAUCCCAAUGCGGGGUUCUGGCACCAGCUGAUGGGUGAGGGUGCUGGAUCUGAUCCUUAGGAUGGGUCAUCGGUAGUUAAGUCCUGGACGCCCCUUUUAAGCAGAUCUGUCAGAAGAUUUGUCCCUAUGACGCCGGCUGACCUUCUAUAUGUAGAGGCACCUGUGUUGGUCCCAUGUUCCCGCAUUGCUGAGAAAAAUGAUGUCUUAAUAUAUGCAAAUGAGCCUCUAGGAGCAACGGGGGCGUUACCAUUACACCUAGAGGCUCUGCUCUCUGUGCAACUGCUGCUCCCUCUCCACUUUGGCAGGGCCGGGUGUGAUGAUGUAUUCACUGCCGGGCCCUGUCAGUGCAGAGGGCGUGGCCCUUGUGGAGAGAGCAGAGCCUCUAGGUGUAAUGGCAACGCCCCCGUUGCUCCUAGAAGCCCAUUUGCAUAUAUUAAGACAUAAUGUUUCUCAGCAAUGCGGGCACAUAGGAACAUGGGACCGACACGGGUGCCUCUACAUAUAGCAGGUCGGCCGGCGUCAUCGGGACAAAUCUGCUGACAGAUGCCUUUUAAGUGCUUUUCAUGCUUUAUUGCUUUUAUUUAUAGAUGUUUUCUUAGAUUAUUAUUUUUUUUGUACUAUGAAACUUGUGUAUGAAGCCGCCAUCUUAUCCUAAAUACAGAAUGUUCCGUGACCUUCA